AUGGAGGAGAAUGGGGCCCAAGAAACCGAUAACAAUGUUCAAAAGACCAAAGUUCUCAUUGUCGGAGCUGGAAUGGCUGGCCUAUCUGCUGCCUAUCAUCUAACCAACAACGGUUUCACCGAUUUCAAAGUCCUGGAAGCCCGAGAACGAAUUGGGGGCCGAAUCAUUCAAAUCCCGAUAGGCAAUGAGGCAAUCGAACUCGGUGCCAAUUGGAUACACGGUGUUCUAGGUAAUCCUGUUUAUGAAUUGGCAAUGCAACACGGAUUAGUGGACAUUAUGGCGUAUCCCAAGCCUCACAAACUAGUUGCAGCAACUGAACAAGGGAAGCAAGUGCCAUUUGCAACCCUGCAGGAAAUUUAUGAAGCCUAUUUGUGUUUCUUGAAAAGGUGUGAAGAGUAUUUCAUAUCUCAGUACUCUCCACCUGAGGGUAUUGACAGUGUAGGUGAUCAUAUGAAGCUGGAAAUCAGUUUAUAUUUAGACAAAAUCACUGAUCCAAGAGAGAGGCGCUUACGUGAAUUGUUGUUUGAAUGUUUGAUGAAAAGAGAGACUUGCAUCUCUGGUUGUGAUGAUAUGAGUGAGAUUGAUUUGAUAGAAUUAGGGAGCUACACUGAACUACAAGGAGGGAAUAUUGUGUUGCCAAAGGGUUAUAGUUCUAUUUUAGAGCCUCUUAGGAAAACAAUACCACAGGAAAAUAUGUUGACAAAUCAUCCAGUGAAGCAUCUGAAAUGGUUGAGCAAGAAAGCAAGUAGAUCAAAUUCUAAUCCUGAAGAUAGUGAUUCUGAUGAUUCUGAUAGGACUGUUAUUGAGUCACCAUCCUCAUCAAAUCAUUCCAGUAGAGCACCUAGUUGUGAAAAAUCACAGCCCAGGUCAAAUGUAGAGAUAAUCUGUGAUAAUGGCAAAAAGUUCCUUGGGGAACAAGUGAUUUGCACUCUUCCAUUGGGUGUGCUGAAACACAGUGCUAGCAGCAUUUUUCAGCCCCCAUUACCUGAAUAUAAAAUGGAAGCUAUAGAUAGGUUACUUUUCGGUACUGUAGAUAAGAUUAUUUUAGAAUAUGAGAGACCAUUUUUGCAUCCCAGCAUAAAUGAAGUACUUUUCUUGUGGGAAUCCGAUAGAGAUAAUGCCAAGAAUAUUUCUGAGAAUUGGUACAAGAAGAUUUAUUCCUUUGCCAAAAUCUCAGAAACGUUGAUUUUGGGUUGGAUAUCGGGAAAAGAGGCGGAAUAUAUGGAGACUUUAUCCAAUGACGUCAUCAUAGACGCUUGCACAAUGAUUUUACGGAAAUUUUUGAAUGAUCCUUUUAUACCAAAACCAAAAAGAUGUGUAUGUACAAGUUGGCAUAGCCAAAUAUAUACAAGGGGUUCUUACACAGCCAUCUCAGUUGGCUCUUCACAAAUAGAUAUUGAAUAUCUAGCACAACCAAUUUAUCUGGAUGAGCAUGAAACGCAGCCUGUUAUUUUGUUUGCUGGUGAACACACCCACAGCAAUUUCUAUUCCACCGCACAUGGGGCUUAUUUGAGCGGUAGGACUGCCGCACAACUAGUCAUAUCUUCGGCGGCCCCCGAGGAGAUCGUUUUGGACUGCGAGGACGCCACAGAUUUGAGUUCGUGGAUACAAGGCAUCCGUUUGGAGUGAACACAAAUUGA